AUGACUGCCUCAUUCGCAUCUUCCACCAAAAACUUAGCAAAUGGAGUGACUGGAAGCGAUGCGGAUGGCCUGGGAGUUGGAGGAGGAUGGAGUGUCUUCCCCCACCGUCUCCCGCGGGGCGCCCUCGGCCCCCAGGUGGCCUGGCGCCCCGAGAUCCCGGGCUCGGUGUCGGCGGCGGGGCUGCUGGUGGAGACGGCGUCGGGGGGCUUCACUCCGGAGGGCGGGAGAGGAGCCGCACAUUCCGCCCCAUCCCGGCUCCAGACCGUGUCCGCCUCGCUCUCUGCAACCAAGUGGACCACAGCGUUGGAAGAGAUAGAGUGA